CGUUGAUAAGCUUUGUCUUUCGAGAAAUACUUCUGGAAUUUACUUUUGUAGAGUUGUUUCCGAAGCUCUUGCACAACAUGAGUAUCUCGGAGUUUGCCUACAAUGCUACGUCCAGCAUCCCCCUCUGGGCCUGGGGCAGCAUUGUGUUCUCCCUCUUUGCUGCUUUUUGGAUUUAUCCAUACUCUCAGAACAUCAAUGGCCUCAAUCGCUUCCCAGGGCCCGUGACUGGAAAGUUCUCUGACUUAUGGAUGCUACUACAAGCCAGAAAGCAUCGAAUCUCCCUCACCAUCCACGAGCAACAUCAAAAGUAUGGAGACUUCGUACGCGUCGCUCCAAACCACGUCAGCGUCGCUCAUCCAGACAGCAUUAGAGAUGUCAUGGGCCAUGGCAACGGCUUCCUGAAAUCCGACUUCUACUACGCGUUUGACAAUAUUGAAGACAACAUCUUCACCACUCGAGACCGGGCCAAGCACAGCCGGAAGCGCAAGAUCGUUUCUCAUAUGUUUAGUCCUAAGUCCAUGCUUGGUUUCGAGCCAUAUAUCACCAAGGCGUUGACGGUGUACGGGCAUCAAAUGGAGCAGAUGAUUGAGCACGGAAAGGCUGGGGCCUAUGUCGAGUUGGGUAAGACUGAUAGUGAGAUCGCGAAGAGACAGAAUAAAGGAGAGGCGGCAUUCGAUGCGGCGAAGUGGUCUGCGUUCUUGGCUUUUGAUAUCAUUGGCGAUUUGGCUUUUGGAAGUCCUUUUGGAUUCACAGCUGCUGGCUUUGACAAUGUAGGUUUCAUCGUUAAACUCCGUGAUCGUGGAGAGUGGUGCUGUACUGUGGGACAGAUGAGUUGGAUCAAGACAUGGACACCUUAUUUCUUUUUCGAUCCCUUCUUCAGCACCGGCUCCAAAGCUGCCGCAGCUUUAGGCAGAAUUGGAAUCGCAGCCGUCGAAAAACGGAAAGCAAUCCCAGCAGACCCAAGCCGAAAAGAUAUCCUACACUACCUCUUCUCAGCCACUGACCCAGAUACGGGGUCUUCACUCCCAGACAACGAAAUCAAAGCCGAAGCCCUGACUCAACUCAUUGCUGGAAGCGAUACAACGGGCAACACCAUCACGCAUCUAAUCGACAUGAUGAUGCUAUUCCCCGACAAACUCGCAAAACUGCAAGCAGAACUUGACACAGCCUUCUCAUCUCCACUCCCGGCCGAUUUCGUAGUCGAAUGGCCUGAUUGUAAAGAUUUGCCGUACGUGAACGGUGUCAUAUACGAGACUCUUCGUCUCCGAACCACUGUCUCGGUUGGUCUACCUCGAGUAGUGUCUAAGGGUGGGAUGAAAGUUUGCGGGGAGUUCUUUGAAGAGGGAACGGUGUUGAGUACGCCUACUUAUACUACGCAUCGAGACCCGAGAGUUUGGGGCAGUAAUGCGCUGGAGUUUGUGCCUGAGAGGUGGGAGGGGGAGAAGAAAGCUGAGCUUGAGAAGGCAUUCUUGGGGUUUAGUUAUGGGCCGAGGGCUUGUAUUGGGAGAAAUGUUGCGUUUAUAGAGUUAAAGAAGACGGUUGCGACGCUGUUCAGGAGAUUCGAGUAUCGAAGAGUCUUCCCUGAUGAUGGUUCGGAGAUCAGAGAAGGGUUCCAUUUCAAGGUGCAGGAGUUGCCGGUGUUUGUCCGUCGGAGAGCUUGAAGUGUUGAUUGUGCACCAAAAUAAGCAAGCUAUGAUUGAGCACCGACUGUCCAUCAAUAAAUAGAACAGAUAUCAGCAAAAUAUAUGAUGUGUCACCAAUGCCGAAAAGGGAGG